AUGUCUGCUCCAUUCAAAAAGCUAACAGUUAAGAAACUUCCAUUACCUGUUGAAAGUAGCACUGAAGACUCUAGAUACUGGGGAAAGUUCAAGACUCCUACCAAAAUCAACGAGGUAUCUUCAGUUGUAUCAAUACAUUUUUCACCAAGUAAACCACACGAUUUUGCAGUUACAUCCUCAGCAUAUGUAAAGAUAUAUUCUGCACAAACAUUUAAAGUUAAAAAAAUAAUAUCAAGAUUUGAAAAUACUGCUUUUUCUGGAAAUAUAAGGAAUGAUGGUAAAUUGCUUGUGGCCGGCGAUGGAAAUGGGUUGAUUCAGGUUUUUAAUCUUGGAAGUCGAGCAAUUUUAAGAACGUUUCGUGGUCAUAAACUCCCUGUACAUGUUACCAAAUUUUUUCCAAAUAAUAAUAAACAAGUUCUUUCAUGUUCCGAUGAUAAAACAGUUCGCGUAUGGGAUAUACCUGAACAAGGAUCAAUUUCAGUUUUAGAAGGACAUAAAUUUGGUUGGUUGAUUGUUUUAUCUGGUUCAUACGACAAAACUAUAAAAUUGUGGGAUUUACGUAAUAACAAAUGUAACAUGACUAUUGAUCAUGGAGCGCCUGUUGAAGAAGUUUUGAUGUUUCCAGGUGGUGGUAUAGUAUUAUCAGCAGGUGGUCCAACUUUAAAUGUGUGGGACAUGUUUGCCGGUGGCAGACUUAUUAGAUCAGUGUCUAAUCAUCAAAAAACCAUCACUACAAUGUGUUUUGAUGCCUCCUUUUCUCGUUUGCUUACUGGUUCUUUGGACCAUCAUGUAAAAAUAUAUGAUGUGCAAAAUUAUGAAGUUGUUCACAGUUUCACAUAUUCAAAACCUAUUCUGUGUAUUAGUAUGUCUCCAGAUGAUACACAUUUAGCAACGGGGAUGACAUCAGGCUUAUUGUCUGUAAGGCAUCGUAAACCAGAUCAUGAUGAGAAUGUUGCUAAAAAUAACGAAAAUAAAAUCCGAGCCGGCUCAUAUCAAUAUUUUACCAGAGGUUACUCUUACAAUGGAUCAAAGGAGGAUUUCGUAGUUGAAUCAGAACGUUAUCGAAACCUUGCAAUAUAUGAACAAUAUUUAAAAAAAUUUGAAUACACAAAAGCUUUAGAUGCUGUUUUUAGAACUGGCACAAGGGCAAUAUUAACAAUCUCAAUGUUUCAAGAACUUAUCUAUCGUGAUGGUUUAAGACAAGCGUUGGUAAAUCGGGAUGAAACUACAUUGGAACCGAUUUUAAAAUUUAUAAUGAAAUGGAUAAACGAUCCAAAGUAUACAGAACUUUUAAUUGAUGUUGGAAAUCUUAUAUUUGAAAUUUACGGACAAGUAAUUUGUCAGUCACCAAAAAUUCAAGUGUUAUUACAAUCUUUAAAAGCAAAAGUCAAGAAAGAAUUAGAAGUACAAAAAGAAAUAUUUAAAGUUAUUGGAUCAUUAGAAAUGUUAUUUGCCAAAAACUCUAUUGUAUCUUCCACUACCACUACCGAUAAUAUUACCUCAGAAAUCACCAAUACUGCAACGCCAACACCAACAACGUCACAAUGA